AUGUCUUCAACGAGUUCGGAAACUCCGCCGCCAGAGCCAACAGAGCCCGCGCUCUCGACACCACACAUCAACAGUAGUAGUACUGCAAAGAACGACGCCGGUUCGCAUGAGAAAAAGACUACAACCACGAUACUUGAUGAUGCAAAUGAAAUUCAACGAGAUUUGGAGAAUCUUUCAGCAAUGUUGGGUAGAAAUCUGAAGGAGAUAAACGAUAAAGUGGAAUUGGCUUUAAAAAAAUUAAAUGAAAUGAAAAGAGAGAGCUCAUACUGA